AUGGAGGGCGCCGCCGAACAGUCCAAGAGCGCCUUGAAGAAGGCCGAGAAGCAAGCUCGCCAUGCUGCCGAUAAGGCUGCCAAGGCUGCUAAGCAGACCAACCUUCCCGUCGUCGGUGGAAAGAAGGCGGACGAUAUCAUUGGUAUCACUGUUUCCAAGGCCGACAACUUCCCACAAUGGUACCAGGAGGUCGUCCUCAAGGCCGAGAUGGUUGAAUACUACACCGAGAUCUCUGGUUUCUUUGUUCUCCGCCCUCUUUCCAUGCACAUUUGGAAUGAGAUCCGAAAGUGGUUCCAGGGUCACAUUGAGGAGAUGGGUGUUGACGAGACCAACUUCCCUAUGUUCCUGUCUUCCAAGUCUCUCGAGAAGGAGAAGGACCACGUUGAAGGUUUUGCCCCCGAGCUUGCUUGGGUCACUAAGGCUGGUGACAAGGACCUCGAAGUUCCUGUUGCUGUCCGUCCCACCUCCGAGGCGGUCAUGUACCCCUACUACUCCAAGUGGAUUCGCAGCCACCGAGAUCUCCCCCUCCGCCUGAACCAGUGGAACUCAGUCGUCCGAUGGGAGGCUAAGCAGACAACUCCUUUCCUCCGAACUCGAGAGUUCCUCUGGCAAGAGGGUCACACUGCUCACUUGACUGAGGAACUUGCUGGUGCUGAAGUGUUGGAGAUCCUUGAGCUCUACGCUGGUGUCUACGAGAAGCUCCUUGCUGUCCCUGUGGUCCGAGGUCGCAAGACUGAGAACGAGAAGUUUGCUGGCGGUUACUACACUACCACUGUUGAAGGUUACAUUCCCUCCAACGGUCGUGGUAUCCAGGGUGCUACCUCUCACGCCCUGGGCCAGAACUUCAGCAAGAUGUUUGACAUCACCGUUGAGGAUCCCCAGAAGCAGGGCUCUCACAUCCACGUCUGGCAAAACUCCUGGGGUCUUUCGACUCGAGUCAUUGGUGUCAUGGUCAUGAUUCACGGUGACGACAAGGGAUUGGUCCUUCCUCCCCGUGUUGCCAAGACCCAGGUCGUCAUUGUCCCUGUCGGCAUCAACAAGAAGACCACCCCUGAGGAGAAGAAGAAGCACGAGGAUCAGGUGGAAGAAAUCCGAGCCAACCUUAAGAAGGCUGGUGUUCGUGUCACAGCUGAUUGGCGUGAGGGCUACACUCCUGCCUGGAAGUUCAACGACUGGGAGCUGAAGGGUGUUCCUCUGCGUGUCGAAUUCGGCCCCAAGGACGCUGCCAAGGGUGUUAUCAGCACCGCCCGACGAGACACUGGUGAAAAGGGAGAAAUUGCCAUCGCCGAUGUCGCCACCAAGGUCCCCGAGCUCCUCGAGACUAUCCAGAGCGAUAUGUACAACAAGGCCGAGAAGUCGUUCCGCGAGCACCGCCUUCAAAUUACCAAGUGGGAAGAUGUUCUUCCCGCUCUGGACAACAAGAACGUUGUUCUCAUUCCCUUCUGCGGUGCGCCCAAGUGUGAAGACCGCAUCAAGGAGCUCACUACUCGCGAGGAGCAGCCUAAUGUCCCCGACAACGAGAAGCUUCCCACCAUGGGAAUGAAGAGUCUGUGUGUUCCUUUCGAGCAGCCCGAGGGUAUUGCCGCAGGCGAGACCAAGUGUCUCAACCCUGAGUGUGAGGGCAAGGCCGACAAGUGGACCAUGUUCGGACGAAGCUACUAA